CACUGUUCCAUCCAGUCUUAUUAAACUAUUACUAUCAGCGACACGUAUUAUGUGAUGGUUAAUAGUUAUAAACAAAAUGUUUAACAUAUUUCUUAAUAUAUUUAAUUCGUGUUUCAACGCCAGUGUGAAUGUUUUUACUCGUGCAGUGUUGAUAAUUAUUAGUGCUAGUAUAUAUCAAGCUUUUGUACUCAUAGAAGUGUUUCUUAAUAGCUACAAUUUAUUGUACCCUCCCUAUCUGUCCAAGCCAGUGGUGAAAAUAAAAAAUGUGGGGUCUACUGUUGUUGGAUUUGCAGUAAAAAUUAUAGCUUUUGAGACAGCCAUGAUGAACGGUUUCAUGAGGCGGUUCCUUCGGUUCCUGGUGUCGCUACUGGCGAUCCUGGUCUUCCCGUUGUCAUUUUUCCUGAAUAUCAAGCGCACCAGAAAAUGCCCUCCUCCAAAGAACCCUAUUCUCUUCAAAUCUGCCACAACUUUAGCCAUGAUGAUAAGAAACAAACAGAUCACCUCCGAAGAAUUGGUGACAGCAUACAUAGAGCGAUGUAAGGAAGUGAACCCCUACUUGAAUGCUGUGGUGGAACCUCGUUAUGAACAGGCCUUACGGGAGGCAAGGAGCAUAGACAAAAUGAUAGCAUCUACAGACAGGAACCCAGAGGAUUUGGCUAAGGAGUAUCCCCUGUUGGGUCUGCCAAUGACGGUGAAGGAAAGCAUUGCCGUCGAAGGUAUGAGUAACGACUGUGGGACGGUGUAUCCAUACAGGAAUCCAGCUAAGACCGACGCAGACAUCAUCAAGCUGGCCAGAGCAGCUGGGGCCAUACCUAUCGCGGUCACCAACACACCCCAGCUCUGUAUGAACUGGGAGACGUAUAAUAAUGUCACUGGGUUGACAAUGAACCCAUAUGACCAGAAGAGGACUACAGGAGGAUCGUCUGGAGGGGAAGCGGCCCUGAUAGCAUCAGCAGCUUCAGUGAUAGGCGUGGGGUCAGACAUCGCGGGGUCCCUGCGACUGCCGCCCAUGUUCAACGGAAUCUUUGGACAUAAGCCCACACCCAGACUCUUGUCAGUCGAAGGUCACGUACCAAGUUGUCUGGACCCGGAUUUCGAAGAAUAUUUCGCACUGGGCCCCCUGGCACGGUAUGCUGAAGAUUUGAGUCUGCUUCUGAAAGUGUUGAAGAAGCCUGGAAGUCCUGAUGUGCCCUUUGACAAACCCGUAGAUAUAACCAAGUUAAAGUUCUACUACAUGGAAGGCGACGGCAGCAAUGUCUCCAACCCAAUAGGCUCCGACGUCAGGAAUGCCCUGGAGAAAGCCAAGGGAUACAUCAAGAACACAUACAAUAUAGAAGUGCAACCACUGAAAAUAAAUAACGUCGAACACAUGUGGGAGAUAGGAAUAAGAGUGCUAAUGAAUAUAAGACACGUGCAAAACAUUUACACGGACCCAGAAAACCGAGAGAAGCUGAUACCGAUGUGGCCUGAAGUAAUAAAGAGGAUGUUUGGAGUGUCCAACCAUAACUUCCUAUGUGUUGCAUAUGGACCACUUCAGAAAUUCUUCGAUGCUUUACCAAAGAAUUAUUACAAGAAUUUGCUCACGAUGUUCGAUCAGAUAAAGAGUGAAUUUGAGAAAGCUCUAUCGGACGAUGCAGUGUUACUAUUCCCAACAUUCCCUUACCCAGCGCACAAGCAUUACAGGAUUUACUAUAAAUUCCUUAACUGCGGCUACCUGACCAUCUUCAAUGCCUUGGGGCUUCCAGUCACAGCGUGCCCUAUAGAGUUAACGCCCAAAGGGCUGCCAGUUGGAAUACAGAUCGUAGCGAAUAAAUGCAAUGAUCAUUUGACGAUAGCUGUGGCUAAGGAAUUCGAAAAGGCAUUCGGUGGCUGGACACCACCGAAUAGAGACCUCUUAAAUGUCAAGACUGCUUAAUAAUGAAAAAUUUAAUUUAUUAGCAUAGAUGAAAGAUUGAACAUACGACAUGAUUUGAAAAAUUAAAUAUUUUUACAUUUCAUUUUUUAAACCAUAUGUACCUAAUAUCUAUUAUUAAUCUAUAAUAAUUUAGUUUUUUAGAUUUUUUUACGAAUUUAGAAUGAUGUCUAUUAUUGUCGAUGUAUGGUGAAAUUGUCGGUUUGACUAGAUAAUAUAUAAAUGUGAUAUUGUACGAUUUGUCUUGAACUAUAAUUUAUUAUGCCUCAUUACUUAAUUGACUUUUUGUUAUUCCUAACCAUUUUAUAGGUAUCAAAAAUAUUUUUUUCUUAAUUAGUCACAUUGAUUUUUGUUCCGCAUAAUAUUCAUUUCCAGCAGCAGUUUCAGUUUUAAUAACCUAGUUGAUUAGGUUAUUUUAACUUAUGCAUAUAAUGCAUAAUCUUGCCAAAAAGAAAAUGUAUUUUAAUUACUUUUUGCUAAAAAUAUAUGACAUAAGUAACUAAAUAUAGGUACAUUGUCAUUGUACCUUUAAUAUUUAUCAGUAAGUUGUAACUUGUAGUAUAUCACUUCGAUAACCACUCGAUUUAAACUGUAUUCUUUAUUUAAAAAAUCACUAUCAUAGAGGAAAUUAAGUUCAAAGUGUUGGAACAGAAAAAUCAUUUUCCGGUUAAACAAAGUUUCAUUUAGAUAGCUAAAUAUUUACUAGAAACACUUUUAGGUGUGACAAUCAAGUACUAAGCAGGUAUUAUAUCUACGACCUACAUACAUUUGUAAAUAAAUUUGAUGAAGUAUUAGAUUAGAGACCUAUUUUUUUUCUGUAUUCUGAUUUGGAUUUUAUUCAUGAAUUACUUAGUUACUCGAAUAUUAUAUUUUACUUUAAUAAGUACAUCACAUUAUGAUUAAAAGACCAGUGCACACAGAAACGCAUGCGCUUGCGCAUUUUUUAUAGAAUUGGGACACAUGCGUACAUAAGCUCUUGUAAACGCUGCGUACCAACGUGCUACAUACUGAUUCGGGGUGCGUGAGCCGUACCUACGAAAAUUAAUAAUAUGAAGUUGAGCGAAUGUUGUACAGUUUUUUAUAUUGUAAAUAGAUAUAGUAAGUUUGUUACAAGUUGCUAGGGUAAGGAUUUCUAUUUAAAUAAAAAUAUUUUCCAAUCUU